UAAAAAAAAUGGCGGCGCCCGCUUGUGGAGGAGGCCUCAAGAAAUCUCAGAAGCUUCUUCGAUUUCAUAUCUUCAGUAAACCAUCCUGUAGAGUUAAAUGCUACUGUACAGACACCAAUAAGCUUAAAAAAUCCGUCGGCAAAAGCCUUUCUAAAAGCCCCUUCUGGCAGAACGUCAGAGAUCGCAAGGACGAGGCAUCUAGGAGUAUUCUGGUGAGGUUGUCUGGCAAAACGUCUGAAGACAGUCUGCUGCAGUACUGCACAAGCCAUGGCAAAGUACAGCAUUACUUCACGUACAGCCAACUACAGCAGGAGCGUUAUGCAGUGGUAGAGUUCAAGACACCUGACGGAAUUGAUCUCAUCCUGGACCGGGCCCAGACACCUGGCACAAAUGGCCGGAUCCAGUCCAGGUUCCUCAGUUUCUCCGGGUCUGGCCAGGGAGGCCACCGGAGCACACCCUCGCAGUAUCAGCAGCUGAACAAGGACUGUAGCUUCGCAGAGCUGUACCAGGAUCUGGCCACAGCCCAGUCGGUCUCGGAUCAACUGGACAUUCUGACGUCCAAAUUGGAGCUGAGGGACCCAGAAACCCGUCUACGAUUCCUGGUCAGUUCACUGAUCGAGGAGGCCUUCCAGCGGAUCCUCCCCGACUCCUCCCUCCACCUCUUCGGCUCCUCAGUCAACAGCUUCGGCCGGCGCAGCUGCGACAUGGACAUGUUCCUGGAGCGCAACACGGCACAGGGGGUGGUCCCCAUGAAGAAGGGCAAAGAUCAGUACAAGCUGGGCUACGACCCGUCCUCGGCCGAGUCGGAGCGGGCCGCCGCCCAGGCUACCCUCUUCACGCUGGCCUCCUUCCUGGAGAAGCAAGUGCCCCACUGCAUGUCAGUGGCCCGGAUCCUGCAGGCCAAGUGCCCGCUGGUGAAGUUCCGCCACCACGCCACGGGGCUGUCCUGUGAUCUCACUGCCGACAACAGCAUCGCCCUGAAGAGCAGCGAACUCCUCUACGUUUUCAGUCAGCUAGAUCCCAGAGUGCGCCCUCUAGUGUUCGUGAUUCGCCAUUGGGCGCGGCACCACGGCAUCACCAACCGUGUCCCCGGCUACUGGAUAACCAACUUUCCCCUGACGCUACUGGUCGUCUUCUUCUUGCAGACCCGGCCCCAGCCUGUCGUGCCUUCGUUUGACUACCUUCGUUCUCUUGCAGAUGAAUCAGACUCCACUAUUAUUGACGGAACCGACUGCACUAUUCCUGGGGACCUCAGCAAAGUGGAGCCAUCGAAGAACACGCAAAGCACUGCUGAACUGUUGCAAGAGUUCUUCACUUUCUGCACCACAUUUGAUUUUGAGAGCAAGUCCCUCUCUGUUCGCUCUGGCCAGUCGAGUCCCAAGCCUGACCGCUUCUCUCCACUGUACAUGGAAAACCCCUUCCAAACGCAGCUAAACAUGUGCAGGAACGUCUCGGAGGGCCUGCUGAACGAGGUCCAGAAACAUUCCCACCACGCCCUGCAGAUGAUGGACGUCCCUGGGUUCCACGGUCCAGGGUCGGGGUCGGAGGCCAUUCACCCCUGGGGCGUCGGAGCCCUGUUGGCCCCGCUCAAGAGCAAGCGGAACGGAAAGCGGUCCAUCUGGCUGAACAGUAGCAUCGGGAGCGUACUAAAAGGGCUGUCACAAAAAGCAGGCCAAACCGGCACAGACAAGCAACCGAGGAGCAACUUGAAAGGAAGCGAUUCCCCCGUGGCCUUUUCACAUACUUUGUCCAAUCUGAAAGAUACCAGGGAAACUUUGGAAGGGUCCUCGCAUGCAGAUGCAAGAACUGGGCAUGUGCAACAUGCGACAGCCCAUGACACGAGUCUUAAGGUCGACAGCUUGAGGACUCCCCAAGAAGACAAACAGACAUGGAGAGUUUGCCAGACCAAAAUGAUCCAGUUAUCAAAUCUAGCCAAAGACAGGCCUGAGGCAACUCCUCACAGAGAAAAUGUGAUUGAAGAAAUGGAUUCCGCACAGAGCAGUAGCACGUUGUACCCAGAUACGGACAAUGCCCAGGCUGAAAUCACAGGGAAGACACACAUACCAAAGUUGCGGAUAGCCAUCAACAGUGUCAGGAAUCGGCUGUUCGAUGGAGGAUACAAGAAAGCAACUAAAGGAAUCGUUCACUGAGGUGCCAUGAGUUGGAUUUUGACAAGUGUGAAUUGCAGAGAGGGCACUGCUGGGCCAACAGGAGAUAUACACCUGUUGACAGCAGCAACUUCCAUGCAUUAUGCAAUAGGCACAGGCUUACUGUCCUAAAUCUAUUAGGAGUCACAUGACUGCAAGUGAUAGCUUAACCGUCUGGAACAUGUCCGUAUAAGCAUGAAAUCAGACCCUUGGCCAUUUCCAACUGCAUGAUCUUACACUGAGGCAUCUUAGUGUUUUAUUAUUUACACGUAUGGUCUGUACCUCCAGUACACUAAGGAAAUAAAAUACAGAACUGCAAUUAGGGCUUGCAUUAAAACAUUAAAAAUCAAAUCGUCGUACAUCCUAGAUUACCAAAUGGCUGAAUUAAAUAGGGCAUAAUUAAUCCUCUCUCGAAAAAUCAUUUUGGUACAACUCCUUUGAGGUUUCGCCUUUAAUCUUCGAAUUCUGUUCAUCCAUUUGUGUAAAAACUAAUUCUCAUUUGGUUUGUGCCCUCUCCCUCUGUAGCAGUGUUAUUUACGUGCGAGUUUCCACAGUAAAUCUUCAGUGAGACCACAUCUAUAUGAAGUUCUUCACAAUUAUUUUGCUAAAGAAUUGAAUUAGGUUGUCAGACGAGGGGAGAGUCCGAAAUCAAACAGGCGGUACGCCGCGACAAGGCAAGGUUUACCUGCAGGUUCAACAAGGUUUGAGGGACACUGAGGUUCAAGAACCUAGUUACUCCUUGCUCAAUUUUGCUUCCUUCCCUUCAUCGCACUCACUUGUUCACACGUUAACUUCAAGAGUUUUUCUCUUACAAAAUCAAUUAUUUACAAACACUAGGUCUAGUCUGGAGAGAUGUUCCGUAGACGUGACCUCUCCUGUCUGGAGUCUAGCCACGGACUCUUCUCAGUGCAACUCCCAAUUUAAAAAAUAUGUUCAGACUUUCUGCAGUAAUUACAUAUCUUCACAUAUUCCUAGUACCCCUAUCAACCACCAACAGAUAACAACUUGUUUAAAUUACUACAAAAACCUAUCACCUCUGUUUUUUUGGUUUUUUUUAGAUGGCCAAGAGCAGUUCUUGUUGGAGUCUGAGGGAUGAGGACAGAGUAGUAAGAGAACUGUGUGCUCCAUCAAUGUUGCCAUUUUAACAAACAAGUUCUGUGAUUGUCCAAACA